AUGAGAAAACCCCAUAAGAGACGGAAAAGGUCUCGAGAUAAGAAAGAUUUGGAGAUUGAUGAUCGUGUCAAUAUGAAUGAAAUAUCAACUGUUAAAAGAAACCUUCGAGUUAAACCAUCCAUAGACUAUACCGAACUCAAUUCUGACGGAUUUAUACUGAGUAGCUCGGAAGGUGAUAGUGUAGAGUUUAUACCUGAGGAAGAAGCUUCGAAUGUCUGUUCCAGAUCAACCGACAUUAUUCGAAGUUCAAAAAACCACCAACAUAUCCAUGAAUUAAGUAACGUGAGUCAAGUCUCCAACACCAAGAAAACAUAUGGGGAGAAAAGAGAACCUAAAACAGUGGUUAUUAUUCCAACCGAUCCAGAUAUUGAACCCUUUGAAGUUGAUUUUCGAUCACUUUCACUUCAAAAAUUUGUUAGUCGUAAAAACAUCUUCGAAUCUAGCCACGUUCAGUUUAGUCCAACAACUUUAAGAUAUGUUCCUUACCAUGUUCUUCCUCCUCAACUAGACUUUUCUGCCAGAAUUGCAGCUUUUAAUUCAUCAAGGAAAUGA